AUGAGAAUCUGUCAGAUAAUUUUCACAAGUGAGUGGAGGACAAUGGGGAUAUCUCAUCAAAGCAAAAAAAACUCGCCUAGAAAGCCCGGAAGCUGCAAAACUUCAAGCCAAACGUCACAGAGACGCCCCGCUCCUGUUCGGACUCCCCGCAUCCGACCGCCGCCACCUCGAAAUCCUCUUUCACGCAAGUGUCAGGCUCAGACACGCGAGGCACACUUGCACACGACACAACCGCGCAGGGCGAGUACACAGCUGGCACACGGCUGGCUGACGCCGACGCGCGACCAGCAAACGACACAUGGCAUUCACUCGGGUUGUACCUUCUACUGCUAUUUCUGCUACUGUUGUUACUGUUGUUGCCUCACGCUACUCUCCUUUUCUCUCUUCCUCCUCCUGUCUCCAACACCACCCUCUGACUCCUUCACUCCACCUCCUCCCCACUUGCCGACAUCAACUUCCUGCGCGGAUGAACUUUUGAUCCAUCCUGACAUCAACCUGACUGUUUCUGCCACGACUCCAUGCUGCCCUUUGUCACCCUGCCCUGAACUUCUCAACCCUUCUUGCCCUAACACCGCUCCCACUUCCUCUUCGGACUACUCCUUUUCUUUCCAUCGCCAUGCCCUUUGCCGGCCGUGGCCAUGUUCUCGUUCUCUUUCCUCCCUGCUUCUGUGCCCUCCCAGUUUUGGGGACCCAGUCUUGUCCUACACAUCCACUCUGGAACACAUCCCCUCCGGGCCAGCCCGUCCCCGGACGCUGCUACGCCAGCAGAGUCUGCAGCAGCCCCUUAUGAACCCGCCGGGCGCUGGAUUCGGACAUCCACCCACCACAUCCCAGAGUUUGGGACAGUUGCACCCGGCACCUGGACAGACCGGGGGAGGUGGGGCUGCUGGGAGAGGAGAGGCAGGUGGGGGCGGAGGUGAGGGUGGGGGAGCGGGUAAAAGAGCUGUUCCACGGGCCGCGAGGGGCGGCCUUGCUGGAGCGGGUACCUCUCGCUAUAGAGGAGGUGGCGCGGGCGGGCGCUCGCGUGCCAAUCCUGGCAGCUGGGAUUACAUGAUGGACCAGAUCCGGAAUAGAGGCCUGGACGUCAAAUCCUUCCUCGAAGGGAAGCUGGUGGUCCUGUCUUUGGCCAUCGGUGUGGCCGAGCAAGAUGACUUUGCCAAUAUCCCCGACCUGCAAGAAACACAGCAGACAGUCCCGGCUGCAAGUCAGGAGCCCCCCCUCGAGAAGAGGGGCAACAAGCCAGCCAAUAGUCCCAAAGGCCAACCCCCUGAUGCCGAUGGCCACUCCUCCGUCACCGACCUGGCUAACUCCCUCACCGGCGAUAUGGUGAUGCUGUCUCCAGGUUCAGAGGAUGACGAUGGAGAGGGGCCUAUCAGCGAGAAAUUGGGUCGGAUCCAGUUCAGUAUAGGCUACAGCUUCCAGAACACGACCCUCACUGUCAAAGUUCUUAGGGGUCAGGAACUCCCAGCCAAAGACUUCUCGGGCACUUCGGAUCCCUUCGUCAAAAUCUACCUACUGCCUGAUAAGAAACACAAGCUGGAGACGAAGGUCAAGAGGAAGAACCUUAACCCCCACUGGAACGAAACAUUCCUGUUUGAGGGUUUUCCCUAUGAGAAGGUCAGAGAGCGCACACUUUACCUUCAAGUGUUGGACUAUGACCGCUUCAGCAGGAAUGACCCUAUUGGAGAGGUCUCAAUUCCCCUUAACAAAGUGGAACUGGGUCAGAUAAAGACCUUCUGGAAGGAGCUCAAGCCCUGCAGUGAUGGCAGUGGGAGGCGAGGGGACUUGCUGGUGUCUCUCUGUUAUAAUCCCACUGCCAACACCAUCACUGUGAACAUCAUCAAAGCCCGUAAUCUUAAAGCCAUGGAUAUUGGGGGCACCUCAGAUCCGUACGUGAAGGUUUGGUUGAUGCACAAAGACAGACGUGUAGAGAAGAAAAAGACUGUGACGAUGAAGCGCUGUCUCAACCCCGUCUUCAAUGAGUCCUUCCCCUUCGACGUCCCCGCCCAUGUGCUGAGAGAGACCACCAUCAUCAUCACUGUCAUGGACAAGGACAGACUCAGCCGCAAUGAUGUUAUCGGCAAGAUCUACCUUUCGUGGAAGAGCGGACCAGCGGAGGUGAAGCACUGGAAGGACAUGCUGGCCCGGCCGCGCACCAACGUGGCCCAGUGGCACGCUCUGAAGGCCUGA